GGCAAAGAGAUUGAAAUGGAGAGAAACACAGAAACAAGGACUGACAGAGGAAGGAACAGAGAUGGGGAGAGAGACGGGGCAGCGAGAGACGGCGACAGGGACAGGAGCAGGCAGGAGCAGAGAGGGGCAGCGGCGCUGACUGAGACGCGGGGACAGCGAGGCCGGGCGCGGGCCGCAGAGACAAAGGCGCGACCGGGGCAGCCGGGCCGGGACAAAGGCUGGCCCGGGGGGCGGGGGCAGCUAUGGCGACGGCCGCGGCGGGCGCGAGCGAACUACAAGUCCCAGCAGCUCCCACUGCGGCCCUCGCCCGGCCCCUCUGCUCCCCGGGAGCGCCUGGCGGGGCCGCUGGGCCGAGGGGGCCGCCGGCGGGGCUGGAGGGCGGGGGUCUUCCUGCGGGCCCGGGGGGCGCGGCGGGCCGGGCAGGGGCGAGGGGCGCCGGAUCCUGCCCUGGAAGCAGCUGGCACUUCCACACCAGGGAUGCGACGCUCGGUGCUGGUCAGAAACCCAGGCCACAAAGGCCUGCGGCCCACUUAUGAAGAGCCUGACUCUGACCCAGAAGAACUGGACCCCAACCCUGAAGAGCUGGACCCAGUUUCCGAAGACCCCGAGCCUGACCCGGAAGACCUCAACACUGUCUCUGAAGACGUGGACCCCAGCUAUGAAGAUCUGGAGCCGGUCUCAGAGGAUCUGGACCCGGAUGCCGAGGUUCCGAGCUCUGUCUCCGGGACCCGGGACUCGGAUCCCCAAGAUCUCGACCCCAUGUCUUCGAGUUACGACCUCGACCCAGAUGUCAUUGGCCCUGUCCCCUUGGUCCUCGACCCUAACAGCGAAACCCUCAGCCCCACCACUGCCCCAGACCUGGACCCCCUGUCAUCCGGCCUCACCGCCACCCCCGAGGUCCUGGCCACCAGCGCCGCAGUGCUCCCUGCCCCCGCCAGUCCGCCCCGGCCCUUCUCCUGCCCUGAUUGCGGGCGAGCCUUCCGCCGUAGCUCGGGGCUGAGCCAACACCGCCGCACGCACAGCGGCGAGAAGCCGUACCGCUGCCCCGACUGCGGCAAGUCGUUCAGCCACGGCGCCACGCUGGCCCAGCAUCGCGGCAUCCACACGGGCGCGCGGCCCUACCAGUGCGCGGCCUGCGGGAAGGCCUUCGGCUGGCGCUCCACGCUGCUCAAGCACCGCAGCAGCCACAGCGGUGAGAAGCCGCACCACUGCCCCGUGUGCGGCAAGGCCUUCGGGCACGGCUCUCUGCUGGCGCAGCACCUGCGCACGCACGGAGGCCCGCGGCCGCACAAGUGCCCGGUGUGCGCCAAGGGCUUCGGGCAGGGCUCGGCGCUGCUCAAGCACCUGCGCACGCACACGGGCGAGCGGCCCUACCCCUGCCCGCAGUGCGGCAAGGCCUUCGGCCAGAGCUCGGCGCUGCUGCAGCACCAGCGCACGCACACAGCCGAGCGGCCCUACCGCUGUCCGCAUUGCGGCAAGGCCUUUGGCCAGAGCUCCAACCUGCAGCACCAUCUGCGCAUCCACACCGGUGAGCGGCCCUACGCCUGCCCCCACUGCUCCAAGGCUUUUGGGCAGAGCUCGGCGCUGCUGCAGCAUCUGCACGUGCACUCCGGAGAGCGCCCCUACCGCUGCCAGCUCUGUGGCAAGGCCUUUGGCCAGGCCUCCAGCCUCACCAAGCACAAGCGGGUGCACGAAGGCGCCGCUGCUGCCGCUGCCGCUGCCACUGCUGCCACCGGCCUGGGCCUCAGCCCUGCUUCCAUGUUGAGGUCGGGGCAGGUCUCCCUCCUGGGUCCUGAUGCUGUCUCUGUGCUUGGCUCUAGCCUGGGCCUCAGCCCUGGCCCCAGCUCUGGCCUUAGCCCUGACCCUUUGCUGGGCUCCCACCCCAAUCCCAGUCCCAAACCCGCCUCUGGCUCCAGAUCUACUCCUACCCCGGAUCCUGUCAAAUCUUCUGACCCUAAGCCUGGUCAGGACACCAGCCCUGACCACAGAUCUGAUCCCAGCCCCUACUCGGAUCCCAUGCCGAGCCCCGCUCCCAACCCCGAGUCCUUCCCUGAGCCCUGCUCUCCCACCCAUGACACUGUCAGCCCGGCCCUCCCUACUGGCGAAAGUCCCGAGUGGGGGCAGGAGCAAGGGGCACUUCUGGGGCCUGAUGGCUGAAGGGGACGCUGGCACCCACAGGGGCCUGCGGAAGUUGUGUGUCGUGCAGUUUAGUAAAAUCCACUGCCUUCUG